AUGCAACUGCAACAAUCACAGCAGAAACAGUCUUCUAACGAAAGGAUAGCCCAUCAAGAAUCUAUCAAAAAUGACCUUCGUUCCAGACUUCUGCCUGAUUUUCCUUGGCACUUCGAACCAAAAUGGCCCUUAACACACGCUGAACGCAUUACGGAGUUGGAUGAACUAUCCAGGUAUUAUGAGAAGACGCAUCAUAAAGAUAAUAUCCGCGCAGCGAAAGAGUACCAUGCUCUAUUCCCCCCUACGGAUCUUGUGCCAGCCCAGACAAUCUGGUUUCGGGAUGCGAUUACUAGCAGAUUGGGUGGCGAUCAGCAAACGGCAGACACACCAACGGGUAGGAUUAGGCCGCCGCUGGUCAUAAUUGAGGACGACGUCGAGGAGCCAAUCCUUAACACCCCGAAUACCGCGAAUAGCGUGUUGGGGGAUAAUAACCCGGCAGACGACUCGUCUACAACGACUCAGAACAACAACAUUGUCGACGGCACGACGAUACAGGACAAUAAUAUAAUUGUUAAUGAUAUCAAUAACACAAUCACAGUGAACGAUGCAGCGAUUCAGGAUAACAUCCCAGGAAUUACCGACCCAACGAAUAACUCGACCGCAACAAAUAACUCGGACACAACACUUCGGUCAUCAGACAUAGUAAAACGCGAAUCACCGGAGACAACAGUUAUUGACCUCACAACAGAUGAAGUGGUCGUGAAAACGGAAGCGCCUUUGCUGGGCACAGGGAGCUACCAACUCCAAAUAUUAUGA